UUUUCGUCAUUCGCUUCUUCGCCACUGAGAGCCUUCAGAAUGAUUCGCUUCUUCCUACUGCAAAACCGACAGGGGAAGACCCGUCUCUCCAAGUGGUACGUGCCCCCGCCACCCGACCUCGAGAAGCCGCGCUUGGAAUCAGAGAUCCACCGACUUGUGGUGGCUCGCGAUGCAAAGCACACGAAUUUCAUUGAGUUCCGCUCGUACAAGCUGAUUUACCGACGCUACGCUGGUCUAUUCUUCAUCGUGGGCGUGGAUCUGCAUGCGAACGAGCUCUUGUGCCUGGAAACAAUCCACUUGUUCGUGGAGCUAUUGGACCAGCAGUUUUCCAACGUAUGUGAGCUCGACAUUGUGUUCAAUUUCAACAAGGUGUAUUCGAUGCUCGACGAGUACAUCCUUGGGGGUGAAGUCCAAGAAACGAGCAAGCGCGAAAUGCUGGAUCGCAUCCGUGAGCUCGAAAAGCUGGAAUAGGUUUCCGUCAUGACCGUGCUUCCUUGAUUCGCUAGCAUUAAGUAGCUCACAGUCGUAAAGGAGAUUCAACCACUUCACUUGCUUCCAUACCACCACCAGCGUCGUUAACACUGAGCAUGUCCAC